AUGGAGGAUUGCAGUAUGCCCUCGGCCGCCAGCAUUCUGGCCUCGGUGAAGGAGCAAGAGGCCCGCUUUGAGCGGCUGACGCGGGCGCUGGAGCAGGAGCGGCGCCAUGUGGCCCUGCAGCUGGAGCGGGCGCAGCAGCCUGGUGUGGGCACUGGCGGUGGUAUGGGCAGCGGGCAGCCCCUGCCGAUGGCUUGGCAACAGCUGGUUCUGCAGGAGCAGAGCCCGGGCAGCCAGGCCUCCCUGGCCACCAUGCCAGAGGCACCCGAGGUGCUGGAGGAGACAGUGACAGUGGAGGAGGACCCUGGCACACCCACCUCCCAUGUGUCCAUCGUGACCUCAGAAGAUGGUACAACCCGGCGCACGGAAACUAAGGUCACCAAGACAGUGAAGACAGUGACCACACGGACAGUACGACAAGUGCCUGUGGGCCCAGACGGACUGCCCCUGCUGGAUGGCGGCCCCCCACUUGGCCCUUUUGCAGAUGGCCCCCUGGACCGGCAUUUCCUGCUGCGUGGAGGUGGCGGUGGCCCGGCUGCCACACUCUCCCGAGCCUACCUUGGCAGUGGCAGUGGCGGCUUUCCUGAUGUCCUUGAACCCCGCGAUGGCCCCAAUUAUGGCAGCCUAUCCCGAGGCCUGGGCAUGCGGCCGCCACGUGCCGGACCCCUGGGCCCUGGCCCUGUGGACGGCUGCUUCACCCUGCCCGGCCGCCGUGAGGCCUUCCCCUCGGGCCCUGAGUCUGGGCCCCCACAACCGCCUGGAGGCCGCUCCCUGCCCGAACGCUUCCAGGCAGAGCCCUACGGCCUGGAGGAUGACUCGCGCAGCCUGGCCAAUGAUGAUGAGGGCGGUCCCGAGCUGGACCCCGACUACGGCACAGCCCCUCGGAGGAGGCCUGAGUGCGGGCGCGGGCUGCGUGCCAGGACCUACGAGGACAUGGCAGAGGAUGGCACCGGCGGUGAGCUGCUGUUAGAGGAGCGGGCCCCGUUCCCCGCAGCGACUGCACCCCUGGCCCAGCCUGAGCGGGGCAGCCUCGGCAGCCUGGACCGGGUGGCGCGACGCUCGCCCUCAGUGGACAGCGCCCGCAAGGAGCCACGCUGGCGGGACCCGGAGCUGCCCGAGGUGCUGGCCAUGCUGCGGCACCCGGUGGACCCCGUGAAGGCCAACGCGGCUGCCUACCUGCAGCACCUGUGCUUCGAGAACGAAGGCGUCAAGCGACGCGUACGGCAGCUGCGGGGGCUGCCGCUGCUCGUGGCAUUGCUGGACCACCCGCGGGCUGAGGUGCGGCGCCGGGCCUGCGGGGCACUGCGCAACCUCUCCUAUGGCCGGGACGCUGACAACAAGGCUGCCAUCCGGGACUGUGGUGGCGUACCAGCCCUGGUGCGCCUGCUGCGGGCCGCCCGGGACAACGAGGUUCGGGAGCUUGUCACUGGUACCCUUUGGAACCUGUCAUCAUACGAGCCCUUGAAGAUGGUCAUCAUCGACCACGGCCUGCAGACCCUCACGCACGAGGUCAUCGUGCCCCAUUCAGGCUGGGAGCGUGAGCCCAACGAGGACUCCAAGCCCCGGGACGCCGAGUGGACAACCGUCUUCAAGAACACAUCUGGCUGUUUGAGGAAUGUGAGCUCAGAUGGCGCCGAGGCCCGGCGGAGGCUCCGGGAGUGUGAGGGGCUGGUGGAUGCACUCCUUCAUGCCCUUCAGUCGGCUGUGGGAAGGAAGGACACGGACAACAAGUCAGUAGAGAACUGCGUGUGCAUCAUGCGGAACUUGUCGUACCAUGUGCACAAGGAGGUGCCUGGAGCUGACAGGUACCAGGAGGCUGAGCCAGGGCCACCAGGCAGCACCACCGUGGGCUCCCAGCGACGGAGGCGGGAUGAUGCCAGCUGCUUCGGUGGCAAGAAGGCCAAAGAGGACUGGUUCCAUCAAGGGAAGAAGGACGGUGAGACAGACCAGAACUUUGACACGCUGGACCUGCCCAAGCGGACGGAAGCCGCCAAAGGCUUUGAGCUGCUGUACCAGCCAGAGGUGGUGCGGCUCUAUCUCUCCCUCCUCACGGAGAGCCGGAAUUUCAAUACCCUGGAGGCAGCCGCAGGAGCCCUGCAGAACCUCAGCGCCGGCAAUUGGAUGUGGGCCACCUACAUCCGUGCCACGGUGCGCAAGGAGCGUGGACUCCCAGUGCUGGUGGAGCUGCUGCAGUCUGAGACGGACAAGGUGGUGCGGGCCGUGGCCAUCGCACUGCGGAACCUCUCGCUGGACCGGCGCAACAAGGACCUCAUUGGCAGCUACGCCAUGGCAGAGCUGGUGCGAAACGUGCGCAAUGCGCAGGCUCCCCCGCGCCCUGGAGCCCGCCUGGAGGAAGACACAGUGGUGGCCGUGCUCAACACCAUCCACGAGAUCGUGUCCGACAGCCUGGACAACGCCCGAUCGCUCCUGCAGGCUCGCGGCGUGCCCGCACUGGUGGCCCUCUGCGCUGGCAGCCAGUCGGUGCGCGAGGCGAAGGCGGCGUCCCACGUGCUGCAGACCGUGUGGAGCUACAAGGAGCUGCGUGGGGCCCUGCAGAGGGACGGCUGGACCAAGGCACGCUUCCAGUCUGCUGCAGCAGCUAGCAAGGUGCCUAAGGGAGCACAGAGCCCGGGGGGCUUCGAUGACAGCACGCUGCCACUGGUGGACAAGAGCCUGGACAGCGAGAAGGCAGGUAGCCGGGAAGUGAUUCCUCUGGACACACUUGGCCCACUGGACCGCUACGCCACGGUGGACCGUAGAGAACGCAAGGUCCGCGGUAGUGACCCCAUGGGAGAGGCUUCCGAAAAGGAGCCAUUGAAACCCGACCCCAGCAGGAAGGCUCCUCCCCCUGGGCCCAGCAGGCCCGCAGUCAGGCUGGUGGACGCCGUGGGGGACACUAAGCCUCAGCCUGUUGACUCCUGGGUCUAG